GACCUGGUGUGAAGACAGACAGCGCCAGACCUCGAAUGCACCACGUUAUCAGGAGAACGUGAUGCAAAGCCACAUAUUUACCAGAAAGCAAUAUUUCCGCGGCAGCGUUUCAGGCUAAGCACUGGCGACGCGCUGCAGGGUGGGACACGUUUCUUGCAGGCUCCAUAAACUCCGUGCGUGGUUUCCCGCCGGGUUUAGACUCAAUGGUGACGUUCCACCAGCUCGGCGCAGGGUUAUGAUCUGAGCCCAGCAAGGUAUCCAUCUUCGCAACUGCGCAUUAAUGCCGCUAUUGUUAGCGGUGGGCAGAUACGACCCGUCUCCGGCCGGGAACAAAGACGUGAGGCGCACCACUUCCUCCUCUGCAGCGAGGCCAUCUGCUGCUCCAAGGUGACGUCUAUCGCCCCGCCCCUCUGCUUCCAUUCGCCAGGCGCACAAAAGUGUGCCAUGGCAACCAGUACCAGCCCCCGUUUCCCGCGCAAUAUCCCCUUCCUUAUAAGGCCAUCAGAAUGCAGACGCCACGAAACGUCAGGCGCGUAUGCAAAUAGGUUUGAUUGAAGAAAAUGGUGGCGUGGGAACGGAGCCUGCGCAGAGCGGAGCGAUUUACUAUUUCCCAGACGGAGCAAGUGAAGCGUCAACAAGCGAGCGCAGUUUGUGUUAUUGUGUCGGAUAGUUCAAUGAAUCCGAGUUGCGGCUGCCGUAAUCACAACUGCAUUUCGUUUUGGGUUCGAAGUCCACGCUCUCGGCAGGAAGAUGUUUGGGUUCCACAAGCCGAAGAUGUACCGCAGUCUCCUGGGCUGCUGCAUCUGCCGGGCCAAGUCCUCCAGCUCCCGCUUCACGGACAGCCAGCGCUACGAGAGGGACUUCCGCAGCUGCUUCGGUGCCGGGCACUCGCAGGUGGUGGACGCGCGUGGGGGUCCCAGCGUGAAGACGGCAGCGAGGCCGAGGAAGAUGAAGCUGCUGUCCGGCAGAGUCCGGCCCGGCCCAGGCCCGGUCAGCAGGCUCCAGGGGCGGCUGAAAAGACACCACUCCGACGCGCACAGCUCCGCCUCCAGCGCCUCGCCCGCCCAGUCUCCCAGCUACAGCCACCCGUCCGACGAGGGCUCGGACUCGGAGCUGCCCGCGGGCGCCGGCCGCGCCCCCGUCUUCUCCUUCCUCGACCUG